AUGAGCGCCAUGGAAGUAGACGGCCCCGAACCCACAGACGACGCAGGAGCAGCUGGUUCAGCGCCAGCAGCUGCAGCAGCAAAGGGAAAGAAUAAAGAUGCGAGUAAGAAGAGGUUUGAAGUCAAGAAGUGGAAUGCAGUCGCACUAUGGGCAUGGGAUAUCGAGGUUGAUAAUUGUGCUAUUUGUCGUAAUCAUAUUAUGGAUUUGUGUAUCGAAUGUCAAGCAAACCAAGCGUCAACAACCAGUGAAGAGUGUACUGCUGCGUGGGGGAUUUGUAAUCACGCAUUCCACUUCCACUGCAUUUCUCGAUGGUUGAAGAGUCGUCAAGUAUGUCCGUUGGAUAACAGGGAAUGGGAGUUCCAGAAGUAUGGUCGAUGA